AUGUAUAAAGGAAUAUGGAAGGAGAAAGGUCAGGAGAGGGAAAGGAAGGAAAAGGAGGUAAGAGAUAAGAGAAAGAAAGAACAAGUCUCCUAUAUGUCACAUAUAGUCUCCUAUAUGUCACAUAUAGUCUCCUAUAUGUCACAUAUAGUCUCCUAUAUGUCACAUAUAGUCUCCUAUAUGUCACAUAUAGUCUCCUAUAUGUCACAUAUAGUCUCCUAUAUGUCACAUAUAGUCUCCUAUAUGUCACAUAUAGUCUCCUAUAUGUCACAUAUAGUCUCCUAUAUGUCACAUAUAGUCUCCUAUAUGUCACAUAUAGUCUCCUAUAUGUCACAUAUAGUCUCCUAUAUGUCACAUAUAGUCUCCUAUAUGUCACAUAUAGUCUCCUAUAUGUCACAUAUAGUCUCCUAUAUGUCACAUAUAGUCUCCUAUAUGUCACAUAUAGUCUCCUAUAUGUCACAUAUAGUCUCCUAUAUGUCACAUAUAGUCUCCUAUAUGUCACAUAUAGUCUCCUAUAUGUCACAUAUAGUCUCCUAUAUGUCACAUAUAGUCUCCUACAUGUCACAUAUAGUCUCCUACAUGUCACAUAUAGUCUCCUACAUGUCACAUAUAGUCUCCUACAUGUCACAUAUAGUCUCCUACAUGUCACAUAUAGUCUCCUACAUGUCACAUAUAGUCUCCUAUAUGUCACAUAAAGUCUCCUAUAUGUCACAUAUAGUCUCCUAUAUGUCACAUAUAGUCUCCUAUAUGUCACAUAUAGUCUCCUAUAUGUCACAUAUAGUCUCCUAUAUGUCACAUAUAGUCUCCUAUAUGUCACAUAUAGUCUCCUAUAUGUCACAUAUAGUCUCCUAUAUGUCACAUAUAGUCUCCUAUAUGUCACAUAUAGUCUCCUAUAUGUCACAUAUAGUCUCCUAUAUGUCACAUAUAGUCUCCUAUAUGUCACAUAUAGUCUCCUAUAUGUCAUAUAUAGUCAGUACGAUACGUCCACAUUUCCAUAUUUUAAAGCGACAUGUUUUAAUGCCAACAGGUGCAAAGUGUCUAAAUGACCUCGUUCACGGGGCGGGGUUCGAGGCCGAGUCUGUGUAA